AACAAACGAGGGGUCCCACCGAUAAAGCAAGUCAACGUCGCUCAAACAAAAAAUCUCACAACAGGUGUCGCAGAACUAUUCUGGGUUGUCAGCACGCAUUUUUGGUACAACAACACACUUCGUAACGAUUAUACCGAGCUAUUGACGUCAUGGCGGACGCAAUUACAGAAGGAGCGGCGAAACUCCAGCUCGAUGAGGAGACGGGGGACAUGGUCUCGAAGGGCGAGCUGAAGAAGAGAUUAGCAAAGCGGGCAAAGAAAGCAGCGACGGCUAAGGCCAAGAGUGAAGCUCCUACAAAGGCGGCAGCGGCUCCGAAACCUGCCGCCGAGAAGAAGGAGGACGUCCCAGUCGACAUCAACGCCAUCUUCAAAGAAGGAUUCCUCGAUCGUGUCUACAAGGAACGCCCAGUAAAGGAUGUCUACACCCGUUUCCCACCAGAGCCAAACGGAUACCUCCACAUUGGACACGCAAAAGCUAUCGCUAUCAACUUUGGAUUUGCGCGUUUCCACGGAGGUCAAUGCAACCUGCGUUUCGAUGAUACGAACCCCGAGGCCGAGGAGGAGGUCUACUUCACCGCGAUCAAGGAGAUAAUUUCAUGGCUCGGAUUCACACCCGCAAAGAUCACUCACUCGAGCGAUAACUUCGAGCGCCUAUACGAACUCGCCGAAGAGCUUAUCCGCCGCGAAAAAGCCUACGUGUGCCACUGCUCCGACACAGAGAUCAAGCUCCAGCGUGGCGACGAGGGCAAGAGGCCACGCUACCGCUGCGAGCACGCCGAGCGUGAUAUUGAAACCAACCUCACCGAGUUCCGCGCGAUGCGCGCCGGCAAGUACGCGCCCAAGACCGCCUUCCUGCGCAUGAAGCAGGACAUCACGGACGGGAACCCACAAAUGUGGGAUCUGGCCGCCUACCGCGUGCUCGACGCAGAGCACCACCGCACGGGGGAUUCAUGGAAGAUCUAUCCCACCUACGAUUUCACGCACGGCCUGUGCGAUUCCUUCGAGGGCAUCUCCCACUCCCUCUGCACGACCGAGUUCAUCCAAUCCCGCGUCUCCUACGAAUGGCUCAACAAGUCCCUCGAAGUAUACGAGCCCAUGCAGCGCGAGUACGGCCGUCUCAGCAUCUCCGGCACCGUCCUCUCGAAGCGCAAGAUUGCGCGCCUCGUAAACGAAGGCGUCGUCCGCGGCUGGAACGACCCGAGGUUGUACACCCUGAUCGGCAUCCGCAGGCGCGGUGUCCCCCCCGGAGCCAUCCUCGAAUUCGUCAACGAACUCGGCGUCACGACAGCAGGAACCACCAUCCAGCUCGCGCGUUUCGACCAGACCGUGCGCCGCUACCUCGAGCGCUCCGUCCCGCGCCUAAUGCUCGUCCUGACACCCCUCCGCGUCGAGAUCAGCGACGCCGAGCCCACCGACCUCGUCAUCCCCUUCUCCCCCAAGGACGCCGCGAUGGGCACACACACCCUCCACCUCACCAAGACAGUGUUCAUCGAUGCCUCCGACUUUCGCACCGAGGACAGCAAGGGAUACUUCCGUCUCGCGCCUGGAAAGUCCGUUGGCCUGCUCCAGCUCCCAUUCCCUAUCAAAUGCACAUCCUUCACGCUCGCAGAGGACGGAAAGACAGUCGCCUCUGUCUCGGCGGAAUAUGACCGCAGCGGCGCGAAGCCGAAAACUUAUAUCCAGUGGGUGCCGGAGGACUCGUGCAAGGUGGAGGUGAGGAUGUAUAACCAGCUCUUUAAGAGCGAGAAGCCGGAUGAUGUGGAGGGAGGGUUCAUGAAGGAUGUUAACCCGGAGAGCGAGACGAUUUAUGCGGAUGCGCUUGUGGAGCCUGGGUUUGAGGAGGUGAGGAAGCGGGCGCCGUGGCCGGAGGCGAAGGAGACGGGGGAGAGUAAGUUGGGUGAGGGGGGACCGGAGACGGUGAGGUUUCAGGGGAUGAGGGUCGCAUACUUCGCCAUGGACAGCGACAGCACGCCCGAGCACACAAUCCUCAACCGCAUCGUCUCUCUCAAAGAAGACGCUGGGAAAUAAACCGCUUCAUUCAUCGCCGCCAUCCCUUUCCCUCCUUCCUUCACUCAACAUCUACCUCUUCCCCAACUACUCAACACCGCCACCCCACCCCCCCCUUUGCUACUCUCACCAUCCUUAUCGUCACUGUGGGGUGCUACUAGUACUACAAACCCACGCUACUACUACCAAACGGCCGCGCAUAAACCCAUGCAACACUACCUGUACGCACCCGCUUCGACAGUACCAUCAGUCUUCAGCCCCCAACGCUACCUUGGUACAGUGCAGUAACGUCACAAGCUGACGCAUGGGAGAGGAGCCGUCCAUCCGUUUGUUCGUCUUUCCAGUUUUACUCAUUCGUCGGUGGCAAGUGUGAGGGGCUGAAGCUGGGGGUCUGUGUGCGUUUGCGUUUGGCAGGCAGCUACCUUAGACUGUGCAGGGUUGGUUUGUUGAGCGAAGUGGAAGAGGUGGAGGAGUGGAGGGGUGGAGGAGUGGAUAGUGGUGUGGUGUGGUAUGGCGUGGUGUAUGUAGCCUUCCUUCCUUUCCAUCUAUCAAUCAAUCAACUACAGUAUCCAGUAUCCAAUCCAUCUCCCCCCUUAUGGCCGACUGACCGCCGUCCAUCACGGCGAUCACUAUUCUUCCAGCCUCUCCCUCCGCGCCAUGUCUCAGUCUCCGAUUUCCCUUCUCCACUCCCGCCUUGAGAAUUUCAGCCCCAUCAACGCCACUGCCACUGCGGGACUUCUUCUGUCGUCAGCCCUGGACAUCCACCCUUCUGGCCUUGAUGAGACUGCAGACAUGUACUGCAGAUAUGCAUCUUGACUCAGCACUUCCCCCCCCGUUUCAGCCCCUCCUCUGCAUUUACAGCACAGCACACUAGUCGGCCCUGUAACUGUCACUGUCAUUGUCACUCGCAUAUGCAAGCCCAUCUACAAUACCCCCACACACACCUCCUUCCAAAUCAUUAUACACAUACAUUCCCAUCCACACACAUCUGCACAUCUCCAUCCACACACAUCUACACCUACAUCUGCAUCUACAGACAGGGAGACAGCGUGGAAAAGAAAUAAACCCCUCACACCCCCUUCACAACCCACAGAGAUUAAAUAGAUAAUAUACCAGACAGCAGUAGAGGAUAGUUAAACAGAC